UUUAUCUUCAUCGGGUUCACAGUCGAAUUUUGAGUACCAUCGGUAACCUAAUUUCAUUUUCUAAAUGAUCCCAGGUUGCAAAAACAGGGAGGAGAAACCGACAGAGAGGGCGAGAUGUGUAAUGUAAUGUAAUCAUGCAAGGGAGGCUUGGGUGGUUGCCACGUAGCCAUGGCAUCGCUUCACGAUUUUUCUGUUUUUACAAAACCUGUCUGUUCUUUGUAGUUUUGUUGCCCAUCUCCCACCCACCGACAAUCCCAAAUCUGAUGAAAUUGGCGGUUCUGACAUACAUUAUCAUCUUCCUCUGCUUCUUUUUCUCUCAGCUCAAUUCAACAAUUUAUAGUCCUGAGUCCCUUGGAAUCUUAACUGAUCCAUCAAGUUAUUUCAGUUGAAAGAGGAGAAGAAAAAAAGAAGAAGAUGAUGGUGUUGGGGUUAAUCCUGUACAGUGUAUUGGAUUUGGCGGUUGCUGGGGUGUCCUUGAUGGUUGGUCUCUGGUUUUUUUCUUUCAUCACUUUCGUUCUAAGCUCUGUUGCAUUCUUGCACAACUCCAAGUAUGUCUCCUGAAUUUUGGUACCCACUUGCUUUGUCCCUGCUUUAAUUUUGUGAUUACUCUUUUAGUUUGUUACGAUCGAGCCUCUUCCUUAAGGGGGGUUUAAUUUGGUUAUUUGUUUGUUUACUUUUCAUUUCUCAUAUGCUGUUCCUUCUUAUUUUACGUAAUUGGUAUCUAGUGAAGUCCGUGGGUUUGACAUUUUUUAAUCUUCAGCUGUAGUUGAAAAGAAUCACUAUUCCUUUUAGUUGCUUAGUGUUUGUAAGAAUGUUUACUUGACAUUGGAUCAAAAAUAAAAUUUAAAAAAAUGUUCUGCCUUCUUGAAAACUGUUUGAUUCGCACUAAAUUUUCGUUCAGUGGUGAAGAUACUACAUAUGAAUGGAGAAAGACAAUUAGGGAGGGGAAUUAUUAAAAGAAACUACACCCUAAAGCACUUCCUCUCUGAAAUCUAAAAUUAGAAAGGUUUAAGUUCAAACUUCUACCUAUUCGAUAGAACUAAAACUGAACAAUUAAAAGGAAGUACGAAGCAUUGGGGUUAUUAACCUUUAGUAAAAGAGUAUACACGAGUUAUUUUCUGUCUGUUAUCAUGAAUUUUGACAAACUUUAUACAUGAACCGGACGCUGUAAUAAACACGAAUCCAAUGAUUCUAAAUGGGUGACAGCGACUGUUGUUGAUGAGAUGGAAUGGCAUGAAGAUUAUUGAUGCAGGGACAGCGAGAGCAGGAGUGAAGUCGUAUGAUGAUAUUGAAAUUUUGACCCAUUAAGAAGUCUAUGAUGCUAAUAAUAUGACAGGAGACUUUGAGUUGUGGUGUGAGAAGGACAAUAAGUUGCAAAAAGUCACAAACAUCUAUCUUGAUGCAAGUUUGUAACUUCCUUGUGAUUGUGAAUAGCUAGGAUGUGUCUAAGAGUCUGAAUUUGUUGUAAACAUUGUAACAGCUUUGUUCAUUUGAUUUCCAAAUGCAAUGCAAAUGUAUCCAAUCCAUAUGGAGUAGGAGUUGGAACUGAUGGACAAUAUUGGGUUUGGGUUAACAAAAUGUACCAUUAUUAGUUAUUAUAUCUGUUCUAGUCUCUUGCUCGUUAGAUGUCUUGCACACUUCU